AUGGAUAGUAUAUCACAAAUUCAAGACCCGGCUACAAAGCAGGCAGCAACAGCAGGUGUCAACCAAGCGAACUCUGGUAUACGUCAGAUUGCUUCCGCAAUUAUUGCUGGCGAAGCUCCUCCCCAAGAGGGACGAGAGAUCACUGAAGCCGGGUUGACUGCUGCAGGUCAGGCACUAGCAGCAGGGGACACCUCUGAUCAAGCUGUUGUUGAGGCGCAAGAGAGCCUCGAUGAUGCUGUGGCAUCUGGACAGGAUGUAGUCGCCAAUUGUUAG